UGCCUCUCCCGUCAGCGCUUUCAGCCGACGGUCAGAUAACGGGACGGGAUGAGUACAGAGCGGUUGUGUGUGCUUCAGAAGGGGCCAGAGGGUUAUGGCUUUCACCUACAUAGUGAGAAAGCACGACCCGGGCAGUACGUGCGGCUGGUGGAGCCCGGGUCGCCCGCGGAUAGUGCUGGGCUAAAAGCUGGGGACAGGCUGCUAAAAGUGUGCGGAGAUGACGUGCGGGAGCUCGGGCACCAACAGGUUGUCGGCAAGAUCCGGGCGGCCGGUGAGCAGCUCACUCUUGAGGUGCAGGGACCUGAGGAGAAGACAGACGAUCCGAACGAGGUGAGUGAGCAGCUGCCAGCAAGUAUCCCAGUGACGAAGGAGCUGCGUCCACGACUUUGUUCUAUGAAGAAGGGACCUGGCGGCUAUGGGUUCAACUUGCACAGUGACAAGACACGUCAAGGGCAGUUUGUGCGGGCUGUGGAUCCAGACUCUCCUGCUGAAUACGCUGGGCUGUUGCCCCAAGAUCGCAUCAUAGCGGUAAAUGGACUCGGCAUGAUAGGUAAACAACAUGCAGAUGUGGUGAGCGCUAUCAAAUCAGGAGGUGAUGAAACCGCCCUGCUUGUUGUGGAUCCUGAAACAGAUUCUUUCUUCCAAGAAUGUCAUGUGACCCCUGGGCUGGAGCAUGUAACAGGUCCUUUACCAGAAAAGGUUGUUAAUGGAGGAUUAGAGAAGGAGGAUAAACCUGAUGACAGCCAGGAAUCAGACAGUGCACUCGAAUCCCCUUUGCCUUCACCAGAGCCUCUUCCUUUAACUGUAACCCCCCAGCAAGACACAGCUAAGGAUCUGCCAGACUCUUCCCCAGUACCCAACUCUGACCCUGAACCAUCUACGGCGGCCUCACUGGACCUGAACAUGUCUCUAGCAUUGGCCAAGGAGCGUGCCCACAAGAAACGGUCUCAGAAGAAAGCACCCACAAUGGACUGGAAUAAAAAGAAAGAGGUUUUCAGCAGCUUGUGAGCAGGGGAUAGAUGGGAGGACCCUCUACUGCAAAUUUGCACCCCUAAAAGCUAGCGGCAUUAAUCAGCAGCCGCUCACAUAUGUCCUGUUUACUUUCUGCUGUCAUUGCAGUGUAAUUCCUGCCCCUGCUGUCUGUGGGGGAGUCUCAUAAGGGAUUACCUACCGAGGAAUGAUGGUUUUCCUACUCCAGACUUGGUUGGUGAACAUGCCCAGAUCUCAUCCUUCGUGUGUUUGGAUGAACGCCCCACAUGCAGAGAACUGUGGGACAGAAAAGCAAUAAGUGUGCCAUACAGAGUUCUGUGUAAAAGGUUACACAUGACAAGGGCAGGAAGUUUGGCUAAAACACUUGCCUCCUGAGCCAGUGCACAUAAGUCUUUCCUAUAUUGGUUAGAAAGUUCAAGACUGUUGCAGAGUCCUACUGAUUUUCAGUUUUUUUUUUCUAAGAUGUAAUCUGUUUUGGAGAUAUUUUUUCUAAUAUUUGAAUAUUGUAACCUAAUAUUUUGCCAUUUAGCUAAAUACAGAUUUCUCUAAUUUUAAA